AUGCCACCGCUCAACACCCAACACCAACAUCGCCGCCACGAAUCCCAAUCCUCCAACUACCUCCGCGCCUCCAUCCUCCCACACUCCACCAACUCCGGCACAUUCAGCGGAGGAAUAAGCAAUCAUUCCGUGGGACCAUCCACAUACACAGCACCUGGAGGAGGCAUGAGCACAAUGUCCCCCGCCAAAACCCGUCAAUACGCACAUCUCCACUCGCAACUCGCACAACUAAACGCCAACCUCGCAGACACGGAGAACUUGCUGCGCAUGACGGCCGUGCAAGCGGGCGAUAUGCGAUUUUUGGGCGGGUAUGUCGGGGCCCUGUUUAUGGGUUCUGCGAAGGUGCUUGGUGAAGAGGGGGUUAGGGGAAAUGCGGAUCUGAAGAGAGAGGAAGGUGCAAAGAGUCCGAAUGAGGGGGUUGGGGCUGGGGUUGUUAAGAAAGAGGUGUUGAGUGAUGAGGAUUGA